AUGGACGAGUCCGAGAAGCGCGUGCCGAAGCGCGACGUCGUCCUCGACAUCCCCGAGGGCGAGGGCGAGAUCCUCUGCAACGUCGAGUUCAAGCUCGCCUACGGCGGCAAGAUCUUGCUGAACACGACGCACUUCCACGUGCGCCGCGGCCGCAUCUACGGUCUGCUCGGCCACAACGGCUGCGGCAAGUCGACGCUCAUGCGCGCGAUCUCCAGCGGCCAGCUCGCGGGCUUCCCCGGCGCCGAGGAGCUCAUGAAGCUCCGCGCGUGCUUCGUCGACCACGACAUCGACGGCUCCGACGCGAACACGCCGACCAUCGACUUCUGCCUCCAGGAGCCCAUCCUCGCGCCGCUCGGCCGCGAGAAGAUCCACGCCAAGCUCCUCGAGAUGGAGUUCACGGAGGAGCUCAUCGAGAAGCCCAUCUGCAACCUCUCGGGCGGCUGGAAGAUGAAGCUCGCCCUCGCGCGCGCCGUCCUCCUCAACGCGGACCUCCUCCUCCUCGACGAGCCGACGAACCACCUCGACGUGCAGAAGCAGGCGUGGCUCUGCGACUUCCUCACGGGCCCGGCGUGCGCGCACGUCACGACGCUCGUCGUGUCGCACGACUCCAAGUUCCUCAACAAGGUGCUCACGGACGUCAUCCACUACGAGAACAUGCGCCUCAAGCGCUACACGGGCAACCUCGACCAGUUCGUCGAGAAGUGCCCCAUGGCCAAGGCCUACUUCUCCAUCCACGACACUGAGAUGAAGUUCACCUUCCCCGUGCCCGGCCCGCUCGAGGGCGUCAAGUCGAAGACGAAGGCCAUCAUCCAGGCCAAGAACAUCUCCUUCACGUACCCCGGCGCGAAGAAGCCGACGCUCUCGGACGUGUCGUGCCAGCUCUCGCAGGCGUCGCGCGUCGCGUGCAUCGGCCCCAACGGCGCGGGCAAGUCCACGCUCAUCAAGGCGCUCGUCGGCGAGACGAAGCCCGACGCGGGCUCCCCGGAGAUCUACCGCCACCAGAACUGCCGCGUCGCCUACGUCGCGCAGCACGCGUUCCACCACAUCGAGCAGCACCUCGAGAUGUCGCCCGUCGAGUACAUCCAGUGGCGCUUCUCCGGCGGCCUCGACAAGGAGCAGCAGGCCAUGGAGGCCGCGCAGAUGACCGACGAGGAGAAGGCCAAGCUCAAGCAGAACUUCGUCAACGGCAUCUUCCCCGACUGCGUGCGCCAGAUCAAGCAGCUCGUCGGCCGCCGCUCGCGCCACGGCGACUACGAGUACGAGGUCAAGUGGGCCAAGCAGGACGGCACGUCCAUGGAGGACAACAAGAACCUCUACCUACCCAAGGUCGUCCUCGAGUCCAACGGCUUCUUCAAGCUCAUGAAGGCCAUCGACGACAAGAUCGCCGCCGAGGCCGGCAACGUCAAGCCCCUCACGACGGGCUGCAUCCAGAAGCACCUCGACGACUUCGGCCUCAUGGAGGAGUUCGGCACCUACGGCAAGAUGAAGAACCUCUCCGGCGGCCAGAAGGUCAAGUGCGUCAUCGGCGCGUCCAUGUGGUUCUGCCCCCACCUCGUCAUCCUCGACGAGCCGACGAACUACCUCGACCGCGACUCGCUCGGCGCGCUCUCGCGCGCGAUCAAGGACUUCGAGGGCGGCGUGCUCAUGAUCUCGCACAACGCCGAGUUCUUCGGCGACAUCGCGCCCGAGAUCUGGGAGAUCCCCGGCGACCAGAAGGUCCACAUCUCCGGCGCCGAGUGGAUGGAGGCCGUCCGCGCGCGCGAGCUCGCGGAGCAGAAGAUGAAGAAGAAGGCCGCGCCGACCCAGGAGGAGGACAAGUUCGACGCCCUCGGCAACAAGAUCGAGACCGAGACCAAGGCCGCGGACGUCGACCGCGACAUGAUCAAGCUCAUGACGAAGAAGCUCAAGGGCCUCAAGGAGCGCCUCAAGAAGGGCGACGCGUCCGUCGAGGACGAGAUGUUCGAGCUCGAGGAGAAGCUCGACGCGGCCAACGCGAUGAUGAAGAAGGAGAAGGAGGCCGCCAAGGCCGAGAAGGAGGCCCAGAAGAAGCUCAACAAGAAGGAGAAGGCCCCCGCCGACAAGAAGAAGGCGUCCAAGAAGAAGUAG